AUGGAUUUUGGAGGUACGUGGAGCAAAGAUUUUCCUCUGGUUGAAUUCUCCUACAAUAAUAGUUACCAAAGUACCAUAAGAAUGGCUCCCUACGAGCUGCUGUAUGGUAGAAAAUAUCAUUCCCCAAUUCACUGGGACAAAAUAGGAGAACAGAAAUAUUUAGGCCAUGAGUAUGUCCAGAAGACAAAUGAGGCAAUAGAUAAGAUUAAAGCUCAGAUGCGUGCUUCGCAGAGCAGGCAGAAAAGUUAUGCAGAUCCCAAGCGUCGGGACAUUACAUUUCAGCUAGGAUAUCAUGUUUUCAUGCGUGUGUCACCAAUGCAAGGAAUCAGGUGCUUUGAGAAUAAAGGCAAGCAAAGUCCUAGGUUUAUAGAACCUUUUGAAAUACUUGAGAAGGUUGGACAGGUUGCUUAUUGGUUAGCCUUACCACCAACAUUAUCAGUUGUGCAUAAUGUAUUUCAUAUUUUGAUGUUGAGGAAGUACGUAUCUGAUCUAAUGCAUAUCCUAAGUUAUGAGGCAUUAGAGUUACAACCGGACCUGUCUUAUGAUGAACAGCCAGUACAAAUUCUCGACAGAAAAGAGAAGGUCCUUCGAAGAAAAACCAUAGCAUUAGUUAAAUUACUCUGGCAAAAUAGUAAAGUGGAAGAGGCCACUUGGGAAUUAGAGUCUAACAUGAGGACUCAACUGUUGGGUUUUAUGCCCUAA